AUGCAAGCUGCUUUAGAUGAGGUUGAGAAGCCAGCUAAAAGAGGGAAGAAGGCCAACCCCAAGAAGGAUGAAACAGAGGGUCAAUCUUCUAAGCCAGCUAAGUCCAAGAAAAGAAAAUGUGAAAAAGGUGACUCUUCUGCUCCAAAGAAAGUGAAGAGGAUGGGACGAAGAACAAAAACUCCUUCACCUUCUAGCUCGGAAAAGAAUGACGAGCAAUCUGCUGGUGUGGAAGAGGAAGAGCAGCAAGAAGGUUCUCCUAGGGAAAAUACACCUCCUCGGUCUCCAACUCCAGACGAUGUUAUCAAUGAUUUUGUUCCAACUCCUCCUCCAUAUCCACCGAAGACCACUGUUCAAGUUUCGGUUGCACCUCCACCACCUCCUACAUCACAACCUACUUCCACUGUCGCACCACCACCUGUCAGGACCACACUAAUCUCCUCUACUCCAUCACCACCUCCCAUUUUUUCCCAAGCAACUUUCACCACCACACCAAUCAUCACCUCCAUAACCGAUUCUUCUGUCAAAGUCAACACAUCUGAUGUGGGGGCAAAGAUUGAAGAUCCUCCUAAAGUCACAACCGAACCAAUUUCCCCAACUCAUUCCAGUGAUUCUGGUCCUAUUCUUGGAGGAGCUAAAUUUGAGUUUGAUUCUACCUACUAUAGCCCAUACAAAAUCCCAAGCGAUGAGGAUAAGUCUGCUCCAGCAACCAAGCAGUAG